UACACUUCUGUACUUUACGUAUUCAGCUCUUUAGCUGCCAGUUACCUUCAAAGCAGCCCCAUCGCCUGUUGGGCUCCCUGCUUUUCUACUCUUCUUUCCUCCACUGGUCAUUUCAUCCCAGUCUAAAUACUAGUAUUUAAAAUACUAGGCAUGGAUCUUCCAGCACUGCUUUUUUACCUGGGCACAGUGCUGAUGUCGCAGUGUUGCGGAUUUAACGUGGAUGUGGCUACACCAACCAUCUUUCAGAUAAGAACUCCGAGCUUUGGGAGCAGCGUGGCACAGACCAGGAAUGAGGUGCUUGUCGGUGCCCCACUUCAGCAUGGACGAGUGAACGAAAUGGGUAAACUUUACCGGUGCACCUACAGUUCAAGUGCCUGUACGGAGAUUAGCAUCCAACGUAGGGCCUAUAGAUGCUGUCAAUAUGUCCCUUGGUCUGUCCUUGGUUGCCAGGAAUUCUCAAAUCUUGGUGUGUGGCCCCACAGUACACCGGGCCUGUGGAACAAACAUGUAUAUGAAUGGCUACUGUUUCCUUCUGGAUCAAAAGCUCCAAAAGUUCCAGCAGUUUCCAGAGAUCUUACCAGUUUGCCCUAGCACAGUAUUCCAAUGACUUCACAGAACACUUUGAUUUCAAUGCUCCAGAUCCGUCUAAUAAUGUCUUGGGUGUCACACAAAGUCGCGGCAUGACCUAUACAGCCACUGCCAUCAGAAAAGUUGUGAGGGAGAUUUUUAUCCCAAGGAAAGGCUCCAGAAAUGGAUCUACCAAGAUUCUUGUUGUGAUAACAGAUGGUCAAAAAAAUGAUCGACUUCAGUAUUGGAAUGUGGUGCCAGAGGCUGAACGAGCAGGGAUAAUCCGUUAUGCUAUUGGGGUUGGCAAUGCUUUCUCAACUGAACGUGCCAGGGAAGAGCUGAAUGCCAUCGCUUCUGAACCUGACAAUGAGCAUGUAUUUGCAGUGCACAAUUUUGAUGCCCUGAAAGGCAUCCAGGAUCAGCUGCAGGAUAAGAUCUUUGCCAUAGAAGGUACCCAAUUCCAGAGCAGCAGUUCCUUCCAGAUGGAAAUGUCCCAGGAAGGAUUCAGUGCCUUACUGACUCGGGAUGGUUCUGUCUUGGGAGCAGUGGGAGCAUAUGACUGGUCUGGAGGCAUUUUUCUGUAUCAGAACAGUAACAGAGACCCAAGCUUUCUUAAUGCCUCCAGCGCCACUGAGGAGAUGAAGAAUGCUUAUCUUGGCUAUUCUUCUCAAGCUGUCCUGCUCAAUGGGAGAAGUGGCCUUGUAGUGGGAGCCCCCCGCUAUGACUACGUGGGCAAAGUGGUUCUCUUUGAGAAAGUGGCCAGGAGUGGGAAGUGGCAGCUGAUGGCAGAGGCUAUUGGAGAACAGGUUGGUUCCUAUUUUGGAGCGGCGCUGUGCUCUGUGGACCUGGAUCAAGACACUGAUACGGACUUGGUGCUGGUUGGAGCUCCCAUGUACUAUGAUGCUAUUACAGGAGGAAGGGUUUAUGUCUGUCAUUUUAAGCAAGGAACACUUCACUGUACCAUGACUUUGAAAGGAGAAGCAGGGCACGUUUUCAGUCGCUUUGGUGCCAGCAUGGCAGAAACAGGUGACAUCACCGGGGAUGGAUGGAUGGAUGUGGCAAUUGGGGCACCCAUGGAGAACAAGAAUGUAGGAGCCUUAUAUAUAUUUGGGGGAAAACGAACAUCUAUCAACCCCAAGUACCUCCAGCGCAUUGAAGGGCUGAAGUUUUCUGGAGGGUUUUUGUACUUUGGUCAAGCUGUCAGUGGAGGAACAGACCUUACAGGGGAUGGCCUGAAGGAUAUUGCUGUUGGACAACAAGGACGGGUCCUGUUAAUGAGGACACGUCCUGUUCUACAUGUGUCGGUCUCCAUUGAGUUCUUCCCUCCUUUAAUCCCCACCUCAAACUUCCAGUGUCAGGAACAGGAAUCUCUCAAGGCUGAAGCCAGCAUGGCAAAAGUGUGCUUUACUGUUGCCAAAGCUAUUCAGGAUAAACUAGGUGAAAUCUCUAGUGACCUGUACUACACUUUGACCCUAGACCAUGAGAGAACAAAGGUUCGAGCCACCUUCAGCUCUAAAUCAGUCCUGACUACAAACAUUCAGAUAGGCCUUGAGAAUAAAUGCCAGAACCACCCAAUUGAGUUGCCUAUCUGCAUUGAGGAUACUCUGACGCCUGUCACGUUGCGACUCAAUUUCAGCCUCGUAGGGAAGCCCAUCGCUAAUGCCCGCAAACUACAGCCCAUCCUGAGCAAAGACUCAGAAAAGAACCACACAGCACUGCUCCACUUUGAGAAAAACUGUGGCACGGAUGGGAAAUGUGAAGACUGUUUAGAAGCCUCAUUUAAUUUCUCAGGCCUGGACAUUGUAGUUGUAGGUCUGACUGGUGAGUUCAAUGUAACAGCUUUCAUCCAGAAUCAUGGAGAAGACUCUUACAGCACCACACUGGGCUUUUUCUACCCUGCAGGGUUAUCCUACCGCAAGGUUACUUUACCACAGCCCAGCAGGAGGGUCGUGAGCGUUAAGUGCCAUUCAGUUACUGCGUCUGAAGAAGAUGUCAGCAGAAACACCACCUGCAAUGUCAACCACCCAAUUUUCUACAGUAGAGCAAAGGUUAUCUUCAUUGCCACAUUUGACAUCUCCCCAGAUGCUGAUCUAGGGGACACACUGCGGAUCAUGGCCAGUGCCAACAGUGACAACGGUGGAAACAUCACCAAGGAAAUGGUUCACGAAGCGGAGUUGCCUGUCAAAUAUGCUGUGUAUAUCAUUGUCACAGCCAUUGAGGAGUCAACCAAGUACAUUAACUUCACAGCUGGCCAAGAGGAUGCAAGCAAGAAUGUGGAACAUCGAUAUGAGGUGAAAAAUCUCCGUCAACGAAAUGUCCCCAUCUCUGUGACAUUUCAGAUCCCUGUAAAACUGAAAGGGAUCCAGGUGUGGAAUGUGUCUCAGGUUGUCUCUUCCCAGUCUCGGUUUGCCAAGUGUGUCUUGGAGAGAGAAAGUGCUGGCACCAAAGAUUUCCCAGUGACAAAGGACCUCCCCCUUCUGGACUGUUCUGUAGCCUCCUGCAAGAUAAUCCGUUGUGACAUUUUGUCACUGAAGACACGGGAACCGCUGGAAUUCAGGAUCAAGGGGGAUAUCGGUUUCCAGUGGGCAUCUCAGAUCCAGCAGAAGAAAGUUGUCUUGGUGAGCAUGGCACAGAUUUCCUAUGAUGAGAAAAAAUACACACAGAAGGAAGGCUUUGCACAGGCCCAGGUGCAGACCAUGGUGGAACGAAUAGAAGUCUACAACUAUCUGCCCGCGAUCAUUGGCAGUGCCAUUGCUGGGCUUGUCCUUCUCGCUGUCAUUGCUGCAGUCCUCUACAAGGUUGGGUUCUUCAAGCGCCAAUAUAAGCAGAUGCUUACUGAGGCUGGGGCUAGUGACGAAGCCGCAGAUCCCACCUCACAACCCACCCCUCAAGACCUAGACACCUCUCCUCCCAGCAAAGACACUGUCUACUAAUAAACCUCCUGUUCCUCUGCGCCUUUUCAAUAUCUGGGGAAGGUAACCCUCAAAAGCCCAUUUUAAGGACAUAAGAAGAGCCUUCCAGGACCUGACCAAAUGUCUAGUUUCCCACAGUGGUCAACCAGAUGCUUCUGAGACAAACAGGUCUUGGAGGCAAUAGAUUUUCCCCCAUUGUUGCUCCCUAGUGACUGGGAUUCAGAGCAUCCAUUGCAGCUCUUUGAUAGCCUUAUUUUGUGUGAAUCCUCCCCCUCCUUUAAAAGACAUCUAAGUUCUUGACCAUCAUCAUGUAUUGUGACAUUUCUCCUUAACCAGAGAUUUUCUCCUUUUACCCCUUCAGCCGACUGGAUAUAAAAAAGGACCACAGUAUUACAGUUUAUCCCCAGCACAAUGUGCCACGUUUUCUAGCACGAAUUUACAUCUAAUUCUGUAGGCUGAUAGUAGAGUUGGAAGGCGACUUCAAUUGUGCUGCAAAAAUGCCACUGAGGAUAUCAAACUAGGAUUCUCUCAAACAAUUUUUGGUCCAAAGCCUAUUGAAGGGAAGUAAUGGAGUCUUCAGUGUCCUUGGUAGCACUUUUUCAUUUAGGCAAUACAAAUGAAAGCAGUGGUUGUAUCUGAAGCUGAGAAAUAUUAUGCUGGUACUGUGGGUUUUCGAGGGGAAAACUAAGAGAUAGUGGUGUGGACAACUAGAGCUGAGGGAGAAAUUUGGUUUGGUUUCCUAUUUCAUGUGAACCUAACUAAUUCACAGUUUCUGAAACCAUGUAUGAAUCACAGCACAGGUAGCCUUCAAAAUUUGCCCUUCCCCGAACUUUGUGAUGCAGUCUUCUGACUAAAAAAGUGUGGAUUAUAGGAAAGCAUGUAUAAAAUGCAUAUAGUAAUUAAAUAAUAUGUAAAAUAUAUGGGGAAACUGCUUGCAAAAAUGUAUAGUAGGGGAAAUUUGGAUUAAAAUGCUGAUGAAUUUCCAUGAGAACUGUCUUUUAAAAAAAUACUGCAAAGUGAUAUGGAAGUGUAGCAAAUUUAACAAUUUGAAUUUUAUUGUUUUUGUGUACAAUUGUUGUAAACAACUCUAUUUUUUAUAAAUAGCAGUAUCAAAUUAUUUUUAUAAGUAAAAAAGAAGAAACUGAAGAGAAACCAAAAUUGACAGAUUUGUCAACCCCUAGAGACAACCUUACACAAAAUGGAAGCAUUCAGCAGUGUGAAAAAGAGAAAUGCAUCUCAAAAUACUAAAAUAAGGUAAUUAAUAACUGAUUUGAAGAAACAACAAACUUGGAAAAGCACCCCCUCCCCAUUGUUUCCAGUUUUAUUAAACUCUAGCCCACAGAAGUUUAUGUUAUAAAUGUGUUAGUCUUUAAGAUGCCACACACUCUUGUUUCUGUUGCAACAGACUAACCUGAGGAUAUUGCCAUGGGACUAUACUACAGGGUUGUAGAGAAAUAUAUUUCAAAGAUGGUAGAAAGGAUGCUUGUUUUUAUUGGCUCCAUGUGUUUCAGCUCAAAUGCCUUCC